GGUGAAAGCGCUGGUUGGCGGUGGGUUAUGGGUUUGUUGGCUGCUUUCGCUGGUCUUCUCUGGAUUGUGGGCACUCUCCUGAUUCCGGAGACGUACGCGCCAGUACUGCUACGCCAACGCGCUUCCAAGUUGUCAAAAAUGACCGGCAAGGUCUAUAUUACCCGAAUGGAUGCAGACCGUGGCAAGGUGUCAAUUGGCAACGCAUUUAAGACUUCGCUCUCGCGCCCGUGGAUUUUGCUCCUCAAGGAACCGAUCGUGUUCCUUCUGUCUAUUUACAUGGCUAUCAUCUACGGAACCCUGUAUAUGCUUUUCGGCGCCUUUCCUAUUGUCUAUGAAAUAGGCCGUGGCUGGAGUCAAGGAAUCUCGGGUUUGGCCUUCUUGGGUAUCAUGGUUGGCAUGCUAAUAGCUGUCGUUUAUAACUUCUGGGACAAUGGACGAUACCUCAGAGUCGCGGAGAAACAUGAUGGGUUUGCACCCCCCGAGGCUCGACUCCCCCCGACUCUUAUUGGCAGUAUAGCCCUCCCGAUUGGCCUCUUUUGGUUUGCGUGGACCAACUAUCCUUCUAUCCACUGGCUUGCUAGUAUUGCCGCCGGUGUUCCUUUCGGGUUCGGAAUGGUUCUUGUUUUCCUCAGUGUCAUGAGCUAUCUGAUCGACGCUUAUACCAUUUUUGCCGCCUCCGUCCUGGCCGCCAACUCGGUUCUUCGUUCCUUAUUUGGUGCCGCAUUCCCUCUCUUCACUACCUAUAUGUAUAAUAACUUGGGUAUUCACUGGGCGUCUUCUAUCCCAGCCUUCUUGGCACUCGCAUGCGUACCAUUCCCAUUCUUUUUCUACAAGUAUGGCCAUGCAAUCCGCGACCGGUGCAAGUAUGCCGGGGAGUCGGCGGCAUUCAUGCGCAAACUACAGGAAUCAAACGAGCCCGAGCCAACUAUAGACGGCGAGGAAGAGGCUUUUGAUCGUACCGAGGAGCCGCCACCUCACGACAUAAGCUCUGACUCGGAGGAUGGAGCAGACGAAGAACUGCAUCAAACUCGUCGUACACAGUCUCUCGCUUCCACUAGGACCGGAGGCAGCAUUCACCGUGUGCACAGCGAAUACGAAGGCAACCCCUACGACAUUGACCGUGUCAACACGCAGAAUUCCGACUUCAGUUUUGUCAACCGCAAGAAAUAAUCACCUUUUCAGGUCAUUAAUAUUAACCGUUUUUUUCCUUUUUUUUCAUCCUGUAUAUAAAUCUCAUCUUUGCAUACGGCUUUGUCAUGAAUGAGCCGGGGAGUUUGGUGAGGCAAUGUUGUUGCAUUUCACGGUAAAUAUACUAAUAGAGCUGUCAUUUAAUCGACGGUAUAAUUUGAAUCAAAUAAUCUGAUUGCAC